AUGGAUCAAGAACCCUAUCGAAGCAAGUCUUUUAGCCGGGAGAGCAGUGGAGCCUCUUCUUUAAGCUUAUCACGUAGCCUGCCUCUCCUGAUUAACAAUGACGUCGAUAGUGAGAGUGUCUCAGAGGCUGGGGAUAUAGGAGAUCGCUCACUUCGGAGAAGGCAUAGUGCUGGUAGAAGCAGCCGUUUGUCUGUUGAUGAUUUGAUAGAACAAGGGACUAAUGAUACUUCUGGCCAAGAGCAAGAUGUGUCACACGAUCUUCCAACUUUGAACACAACUUCUGUAGUCAAACCUUUGCCUGAGAACAUAACAGCAUCUCCUUUACAAACAAAGUCACUCUUGUCACCUGCGACAAACAAACUGGGAAAGGAGGAAGAGCGCGUUUUACCAAAGUCCUUGGAAUACAUAUCGUGCUUAAUCCAUUUGGCUGUUUUUGGGAUUCUUGGGGCUAUUACGAGGUACCUGCUGCAGAGAUUGUUUGGACCAAGUGGUGCUCGAGUAACCAGUGAUGGGAGCAUCUUGUAUCUUGAUCUUCCCUCCAACAUGGUAGGAUCAUUCUUGAUGGGUUGGUUUGGCGUCGUAUUCAAAGCAGAUAUAGCGAAAGUUUCUGAGUUUUUGGCGAUAGGACUUUCCACUGGUUAUUUGGGGAGCCUCACAACAUUCAGCGGUUGGAACCAGAAAAUGCUUGAUCUUAGUGCCAAUGGCCAAUGGCUCUACGCUGUGCUUAGCUUUCUCUUAGGAUUGUUUCUCACAUCUUACUCCAUCAUUCUGGGAGUUGAAACAGCCAAAGGUUUCCGAUGGAUUCUUCACAGAAGAGCUUCUUCUGAGGAAAGAAACUCUUGUCUUAGAGUUAACACAUUGAGGAGCCAUAUUUUGUUUAUGAUUUUGAUGCUUCUGUUGCUUGUGGCUUUACUCACCGCAAGUUCCGUUCUGCUUGUAAAAGAGUUUGACAAAGGAACAAGCGAGGCUCAGCUAUGGUUAGGUUGUUUAGUUGCAGCCCCUGGUGUUUGGCUCAGAUGGUUCCUAGCCCGACUCAACGGACGCGGACUGGGAAAAGAUAGACAACACUUGAGGUGGGUCCCAUUUGGCACCCUCAUUGCAAAUGUAGCUGCAGCUUGUGUCAUGGCAGCAUUGGCAACGUUAAAGAAAUCGGUGAACACAAGAACGUGUAACACGGUUGCUUCGAGUAUACAGUUUGGUCUGUUGGGAUGUCUGAGCACAGUUUCCACCUUAAUGGCUGAGUUCAAUGCGAUGAGAGAAAGUGAUCAACCAUGGAGAGCCUAUGCCUAUGCAUCUUUCACCAUUGCUGUUUCUUUUGCGGUUGGAACAGUUAUAUACUCAGUCCCUAUUUGGGUUGUAGGAUUCAGUUAA